AUGGAUGAUAUGGACAGUUUGUUGAAGGAGUUGGAGAACUCUGUUCAAAAGGAAAUUCAACAAGAAAAGAAUAAGGAUCCGGUAGCUAAAGCUUCAACUUACAAGAAUUCAAUAGAAGAUGAUACUGAAGAGAAGCUGAGUUUGAAAGAAGUGUUGGAGAUGGAGAAUGCAAAACGAAAGAAUGUAAGUUAUUAUUUCCUUUAUGAUUUUACAUUUUUAGGUAACGGAAGCUCGGAAAAAGUCUGAGGAGAUUGAAAAUGCUUUGUCAGACAACGUAGAACCAGCCCUUUUAUCUUCUCCGAUUGUUAAUAUUGUUGAGCCAGCAGUUACUAUAGUGGAACCUUCUCCAGAAGCGCAUGGUGGCCUUCUGAAUGUAAAUUUCUUUCCUCGAGCUGGAUCAACAUCUUCGAUACGUGAAGAAACAGAAUCAGCAGAUCCAGAUGUAAAAUACACGACGUUUGCGAAGAUUUUUAAUAAAGAAGGACGGCCUUUGAAUCCAAUUGUACAUACUCUCAAAGUGGAAGAAGGAUUUAGAAAGGUUGGCUCUAGUGGUUCGAUAUUGGAUGAUGGAGAAGAUGAUGAGGAUGAAAUGAUGAAAGCGUUGGAGUUACUAGAUGAGAAAAAUGAAGUCUGUGAAUCAGGUGAUAAAGAUAAUGUUUACGUCACAAGGGAUGAACCUGUUAUAGAUAAGGAGGAUGGAUCGGAGAAAGAAACAGUCAAAAACAAAUUUGAUAUAUCAACUGAUGUUAAGCCAAAGGAUGAUGAGGCAGAGCAUGUUGUAUUUUCAGAACCAGAUGAUGACGAUGUUGAUGAUAGCGCUGCUGUGGAUGAUGUAGAUGGUGAGAAAAGCGUUGCUGAAUGUAUUGUUGAUGUUAAUUUGCAGUGUGAUGAGAAAGCGAAGAGCAUUAGCUCUGUGGAAAAGACUCAUUACGUUAUUUCUAAUUGUGAUAUUCAACAUAAUCUCCAAGUGGCUUCUGUUGAAGCUGAAAAUGGUGGCAUUAAAGAUCCGGAUGCGCUCGUCAACGUAAAUAGUACACGUAUUGAGAAUACUGGAAUAAGGGAAGAUAAGGUAGAAAGCAUAAAAGAACCUCAAAUUGAAGAAACAUCGGAUUUGGCACACGAGGGUUCACAAGAAUGUAUUACGAUUAAAAUUGACGAAAAUACAUCAGAAGACAAGCCAACACAUGUUAAUCGAGUACAAUCUGAUAGUACGAAGUUAAAUUCGAAAGAAUUGGAAGCGGUCGGUAAUAUUGACUUAAGUAUCAUCGCUGCAGCAGAAGAUUCAAUUUUGACCCCAGAAAUGGAAGCAGAAUUAGCAGAACUAGAAGAAGAACUGAGGGGUCAAGGGCUACUAGAAGAUGAGAUUGAAGACUUGAAAGAUUUUGCAAAAGAAGAGCUUGUUGUAGAGAAUGAGGUUCAAAAGGAGGCUGAACAAGUUGAAAGGGAUGUUCAAAAUAAGGAUAGCAAUAUGGAAGACCAGGCUGAUGUAGUAGAAAGUGACAUUAACGGUCACGAUCGUAAUACUGACAUUGUUAAGGACGAAUCUGAUAAUCUUUUGGAACAAGUUAGACAAGUUGUGGACGAUGUUGCUGAACAAGUUGUUAAGAACGCACUUGAUUUUGUCGGGAUUGUGGAUGACAAAAGACAAAUUGAUGAGUUGGACGAAAAAGAUGAAACUGUGAGGUCGGAGAAGUCAGACGGGGAGGAUUCUAACGUAACGUUGAGAAUUGACGACGUGGUUGCAGAGGAGGAUAAUUCUGAAGAUGCUGAUGAAGCUGAAGCAAACGGAAAUCAAGAAGGUUCUAUAAAUGAAGCGGUAGAUUCUGCAGACGCUCAAAACGAUCAUUUUGAAGACCAACAUGAUCAACGAGUUGAAUCUUCUGAAAACCGUGAUAUGAUCGAUCAGAAUGAUUCACAAAACGACGAUAAUCGUCAUGUUCAAGCAGUUGAAGACUUGGAUCCAGACAAUCAGAAUUUAACCAUGGAAGUUCACGGAGAUCUGCCGACUACAGACAUGCAUAUUCUUCCAGAACAAGCACGAACACUAUCAGUUAUAGCGUCAACUCAUACUGUAGGUAAUGUUGGUACUGACCUUCGACUAACUGAAAGUGAACUACAAUUGGGAAAAGUGAAACCGAACUGGAUCAAGGAUGACGAAUACAAGAAAUGCAUGCUUUGUUUAGCCAAGUUCACGUUGGUCAAUCGGCGACAUCAUUGUAGAUGUUGUGGUAGAGUGCUGUGUUCGGAAUGUUGUUCAAUCAGGAGGAAGUUGUCUUACAUGGAAGAGAACGAGAAGGCACAAAGGGUCUGUCAACCUUGUAAUUUAACUUUGGAUAGGAUUGAGGUCUACGAGAAAAUGGCGGAAAAUGCACAGUAAGAUUACUUUAUUUUUUAUUAUGAUUACAUUAUAUAUGUAUUUAGAGACUGUUGAUAUAAACCAAAGACUUUAAAGUUACUAAUUUUUUUAAAAAAGUACAAAGUUAUUACUUAAAUAUUAUGUUUUAGACAAACAGCUCAAGAAGCGAUUGAAAUCGAUGAACCAGCAUCAUCGACAGCUUCUUCAGAAUCCCCUUUGUUAGCUAGACGAAAAUCAGUUUUAAAACCAACAAAAUCGGAAUCAGAAGGCCAGUGUCCAUCAGAAAACGGAGGAGAUUUUCAACGUAAACGAUCAGUAAGAUUUCUUGAUGGUAUUGCGCCUGGGGCUGAUAACACGCGACAAGAAGGUGCAGAUGGUGCUCAAGCCUCAACAAAGCCCGCUAAACCUAAAGUAAAAUUUUUAUUUUUUACAUUAAUGUAAUGUCAGCUUAUUAUUUUUAACUGGGUUUUUAUUAUUAGGCCGUUUACUUAAUUCUGCGCUCUCUGACACAAUAUACAAAAAAUAGUGUAUUACUUUAUGGCAGAACGUUUCUAUAUGACUAAAAUGUUAUAUUACCAUGACAAAAGAAGAAUAUUAAUUCAAGGGGUCAAAGAUUACGAAUGUUAACGUUUUAUCUUUCAGAGGGUCAGUUCACGAAAGUUGAAGGAAUACAUGGCUCAAGAUGAAGGCAAAUUGUUGUUGAGUGAUGAAUCUUUGUACACUGUGGCAGAUUCGUUUACAGGAGAAUUAUGUAAAAUUACUAUGGAGAAGGUUGUGGAAAGGUUCACAACGGGUUUUGUGGUUACUUUGGUUGUAAAACGAAAUAUUUAUCUUGUCAUCAGUUAUAAUAACGGUCAGUUUUGAUGAGAAUAUAUAGUAGUUGUUACUAGUCAUUGCACAAGUUUUUGAUGUUGCUAAGGUUAAAGUUAAAAAAUAUAAUACAAGUUUAUCACUAUUUUUGAUUUAUAUUACUUUAGUGAUUUUUUAUUUCUUGGCCGAUAAUUUUUCAUAUAUCUUUCAUUUUAGCUACCAACGUUGUGUCAGUACAUACAUCUGGAUUGUCAUCAUUAGGAGUUGAAGAAGUUUUAUUUGCAUACGAAACAGACGAUGAUAUACCACAAUUUCCUAUGAAUAUUUGCAAUGUUUUGGCUAACUUCACAUCAGAAUGUUUGAGGCCAAGAACAGCACAUCUAGACGAUAUAAAUGGAAUCAGAUUCUGUGGAUCUAGAAUGGCGAACGUUGUUGAAUUGAAUGAAGGCGAUGGAAUUAAUGGAUUUAAAUACAUCUUCUGGGCACCGUAUAUGGAUCAGGAGUUAAAUGGAAUAACAGCACCUAAUGUGGCCUUCAGAGUUGGUAUCUUGGUGAAGGAAAGUGAAUAUCCGUUCAUUAAAGCCUUGCCAAUGAGAGUUUUGACUAGGCUGGGAAUGGUCAAUGAUGGUAAGUUAUAAAUAGUUUGGUGGGGAUUAAAAUUUAUUUUUAAAAUUACUUUUUGUAAAAUUAAUCAAAAUGUAAGCAAACGUUGCUUUAACUCUAUUAUUUGUUUUUUAGUGUAUCCAUACCCAAUUGUCAACAACCUGAAGAGAGGAUUAUUGUUCCCGGAAUCAGAAGACGGUACUCAGCCGUCAUCACCUACAAUUUUGAGCAUGUUCCACGAUUUUCGAGCUUGUAGCUAUAGUAUGCCCUAUAUUGCUACCAGUUGUGUCAUAGUUGACGAAGGAAAUACCAAAGUGUUACUACCAGUAUGGGCUAAGGAACAGGUAUAUUUACAUUAAAUUUAGUGGUUAUUAUGUUAAAGUUAGCGAUAAUUAUUUUGUAAUGGCUGCUGGCUUUAUACGGGCGACUGCGAUGCUGCUUUAAAAUGAUGCUUUUCCAAUAAUUAUUUUUGAAAAUAAAAUGAUUUAAUCAAUAUUGUUUUAGAUGAAGUGUGUCCUGAACUCUCAAAUGAACUUGAUAGCAUGGGCGUGUGAUAUUAGCGAGAGUUGUGAUUCCGUACUAACAUGUGAAUAUCUUGGCUCAUCGUUCCAAACAAGGAUGUUCAUGAAACAAACAGACAGAAAUUGUAUUGGAGUAUCCUUUGUUGCAUUCUCGACCGGUUACAAAGGAUUGGACAAUGAAUUCACUCAAACUUUGGUUGAAGAUGGUGUUGUGAUAAGGUUCACUGGUGAUACAUUGGAAAUGGUGCAGAAGAAGCUUCAGAAUGGAGAUGACUUUGAAUUGGAAUCUAAUGGGAUCAAGUUGAAGGUAGAAUGGGUGGAGAAUGCUCUUUUGAACACUAUGGGACCUAUUAGGUCACCUAUCGAUGGGUUGGACUUGAGGGUAGGUGUUGUUAUAUUAUUAUGGAAAGGGUUAAUUAUAUUUGAUGAUUUUAAAAGCAUAUUUCAUUUUUUCACUUUUUAAAAAAAAAUUUUAAUACUUCUUUAAAAACCUCAUUUUAGGGCUACAUCCAAUACGGUCUAACCAUGGAAAGAGCAUUACAUUCAAAUAACGUUUUCCAAAAUUCUCGAAGCUAUGCUCUCAGAUUGGGUACUGUCAUUCGGUUUGUGACCAAAAAACUCGAACCUCAACUUCAAUCUCAUUUCUUUGAUGCCUGCGAACAACUAACGAUGUGGUUGAGGUCAACACUUGAGGAUUACGUGCCAUUGUUAAUUGGAAUGGAGAUGAAAAUGAUCGCCAUCAGGUUGUACGCUUCUCAAGACAACGUCGGAUUCGAACUAGCUGAUUGGACUGGACUAGAAGAAGCGCAUUCCGAGUACAUUGGCAUUCUAUCUGAGAAGGUGAGCAACAUUAUGUUAUUAUAAGAUGACAUGUUUUAGAUUUAAGUUGUUUGUUUUUAAGUUAAUUUUGAUAUUGUUUUACAAUUUGUAGUGUAGUAUAGAUGGUUUUAAUCGAAAAAUGUUGUAGGUACUCCCAAUCCUGUACCAAAUCCUAGCCAGUAACACUGGCGACUUUAAUGUUGAACUUCACCUACCCAUAAUCUCGGUUCGGCCGUUACCCAAAGAAGACGAACUUACUGAGUAA